AUGUCAGGAUUUGGCGAGGCUAUCGCCACUGUUUUGAAUGUUGAAUCCUCGAUGAAUAUUUUAUCAAACUUUCAAGCGAUAUAUUCUGUGGUGUUAAUCGUCUAAGAGUUUUUAGGAAGAACUGAUGUCAUUGGCUUAAAGGGCUUCCCCGGACUCAAUGGCCAAUGAAAGCGAUCAAACAAGUACCGCCGGCAGAUGGCGCAACAAGAUGGCGGAAAGGCAGAAAGAGAAGUUUGGCUACGAACAGACUUUGCUUUAUGGUCGAUACACUCGAGAUCUCGGAUCAUUUGCCAAAUUCCAUGCCAAGCGAGUGAAGAAGGAUGCCAAGCAACAGUUAAAUGAGGCGAAACCUCUGUCUGGUGUUUGUAGACAUCUUGCGAGACUGUCCUUACUAAGGAACUACCUGAUCCAGAAGAUCGGAGAUGAUUGGCUGUUUCUGUGUCUCCUGGGGGUCCUCAUGGCAUUUCUCAGCUUCUCCAUGGAUUUCGUCAUUGAAAAGUGUCAAGAUGCCAAGUUCUGGCUGUACAAGGAGUUGGAGUUCUCGAUGGUUCUCCAGUACUUUGCGUGGGUGUCAUACUCUAUCCUGUUCAUUGUGUUUGCCACGGGAUUCACUCACCUCGUGUCUCCACAAGCUGUCGGUUCUGGUAUUCCUGAAAUGAAGACAAUUCUACGAGGUGUUGUUUUGAAGGAAUACCUCACGUUUAAAACACUGAUUGCCAAGAUAGUGGGUCUGUGUUCAUCGCUAGGAAGCACGCUGCCCAUAGGGAAAGAGGGUCCAUUUGUGCACAUCGCCAGUAUUGUGGCUACACUACUGACAAAGAUGAUCGGUUCAUUUCGAGGUAUAUACGAGAAUGAGUCGAGAAGAUCAGAAAUGUUGGCGGCUGCAUGUGCUGUUGGAGUGGCAGGAACAUUUGCGGCUCCUAUAGGAGGUGUCCUGUUCAGCAUUGAGGUAACUGCUACUUACUUUGCUGUGAGAAACUACUGGAGAGGUUUCUUCUCUGCUGUGUGCGGAGCUCUCGUCUUCAGACUGCUGGCACUCUGGUUUAAAGAUGAAGAAACCAUUACAGCUCUGUUCAAGACAAAUCUGCGGACAGAAUUUCCAUUCGAUGCCUUAGAACUUAUAGCCUUCUCUGCCAUAGGUGUGGCGUGCGGGUUUGGUGGCGCUCUGUUUAUUCUCACUCACAGGAAGUGUAUUCUUCUGAUGAGGAAACACAAAAGAGUGUCCAAGUUUUUACAGAAGAAUCGUUUUAUCUAUCCUGGUUUGGUAGCUCUUGUGAUAUCGUCGAUGACAUUCCCUCCAGGCCUGGGUCAGUUCUUUGCUGGUCAUCUGACAAACCGCCAGGCGAUUCAUGACAUGUUCAGCAACAUCACGUGGACGACGGGCCAGGCGGAGGACCUGGAUGACGAGGAGAUCCUCAAUCACUGGAAACACCCACUCACCAACAUCUAUGUGUCUCUCGUUGUCUUCAUCAUCAUGACUUUUUGGAUGGGGGUCAUAUCUAACACUCUUCCCAUUCCGGCUGGGAUAUUUGUACCUGUCUUCACCGUCGGGGCUGCGUUUGGUCGUCUGGUAGGAGAAAGUAUGGCUGCCUGGUUCCCAGAAGGAAUCAAAUCAGGAGAUGUGUUGAGGAAGAUAGUACCGGGAGGAUAUGCUGUUGUUGGUGCAGCGUCUCUUUCGGGCAGUGUCACUCGGACAAUUUCUACAUCUGUCAUCGUCUUUGAGCUAACGGGACAAAUCUCACACGUUCUGCCCGCGGUGCUCUCUGUGUUGAUAGCGAACGCUGUCGCCAAUCUGAUGCAGCCAUCAUUUUACGACAGUAUAAUAAAGUUAAAACGGCUUCCAUACCUGCCCGACAUUGUGUCGAGAAAACAGAGCAUGUGGAACGUGUUUGUGGAGGACUUCAUGAUAAACAGAGUCCAGUUCAUCUCAUUCUCGUCCACAUAUGGAGACCUGCAGGAUCUAAUGGCCAACACAUACUUCAGAUCAUAUCCACUCGUCGACUCGGCAGACUCAAUGAUUCUCCUCGGCUCCAUACAGCGCUAUGAGCUGGAGCGACUUCUCUUCAUCCGUCUGAGUCAUGACCAGAAGGUUGUCGUUGACAACGUGCAUUUUAUCAACGAAGAUGGGGAUUCGUCGAGCGGGUCGACGCCCUCCACGCAGUCCCCACCCACUGUGUCCCCGCCACAAGAUCGACUCGUUGCCAAACCCAGGUUUCUCGUCACCAAAGUGGAUGAGGCUCCGCCCCCGGUGGUGGAAAUCGAACUCGGAAACAUGCUUAAUACAACAUCCUUCGAUUCUAUUAAUGAGUCUGGUGCUGAAAACUACAACACGCUGCACUUCCCCAUCAAAUCUAUCCUGAAGAAAUCACAGGGACUGCCACGUAGAGCUAGCACGGGAGACUUGAAAGCUGAUGUGAACACAUUUUACAAAAAGAAGGCGCGCCAGAAGAAAGAAAGCAUAGUCGAGGAUAUGCCAUUUGUGUUACAGAAGGGAAGUAUGCAAAGUUUAUGCAAAAAAGUACAACUGCCACCAGACCCUGUCAGAGUAAAGAAUCUCACACCACAGCAGCAAGAGGUGUGGGCGAUGGAACAGCUGCAGCACGGUAUAGACUGGGAGGGAGUCCAGAUCGACCCUGCCCCCUUCCAACUGGUUGAGCGAACGUCACUACACAAAGUCCACUCUCUCUUCUCUCUGCUCGGACUGAACCACGCGUACGUCACCAACACAGGCAAACUCGUGGGAGUCGUCGGACUGAAAGAACUCCGAAUCGCAGUUCAAGGUCACCUGGACGCGCAAGUGGCGGAGGAGAGUGAUGACGACACGAUUGACGACCCCGCGGAGCUGCAGGUGGAGGACCCGAGAGAGAGACGGCCGUACAGGCUGGUCGACAUGAAACAACAGUAGCAGGAGAACUGUCACUUAAAGACUUUGAACAAUAAUAGUUCUCAUUUGGAGACGGUGACAUAAAGAGCUAAAGUCAUGGAGCAACAGUAAUAGUUUUCAUAGGAGAUCGGCAAGAUAAAGAGUUAAAAGUCAUGGAGUAAUGGUAUUACUCAUGGAAGACCUAUGACAUAAAAAGAGUUAAUGUUUGUUAGCAACAGAACUCAGAUUUGGACCAUAAAGAGUCAAAAGUUGUUGAGCAGCAGUAGUUCUGCAACAUAAAGAGUUGAAGUCAUUGAGCAAUAGUAAUACUCAUAGGAGACCAGGUCCUGUAGCAUAAUAAGUUAAAGUUGUCGAUCAGCUAUAGUUGUCAUAGGAGACCUGAAACAUAAAGAGUUAAAAGUCGUUGAGUUAUGGAAAAGGACCAAAGUUUAUUACUCACAAGUCUUUCUUUGGUGACAUAAUAUAGGAACGAGAAAAAUAUAUGUUUGUGAAUUGUUGUGAUCAUGUUUCUGAUAGAAGAUCAGUUUGGUGCCUAAAGUAUUAUUACAGCAGUACAAUUUAAAAAAAAACCCCACUGUAUUCAUUAAGAGUGUGGAUUAUUAAGAGUCAGUCCUUGUGCUCUUUGUCAGUAUGACACUUUAUAACAUAAAGUGUUAAUGUUCUUGGGCUCCAACAGAAUAAUGAUAAUAGCCAUGGAACAUAAAGAGUUAUUGAUAAAAUACCGACAUUAGCUCUGGAUCAUAAAGGGUUAACAUUGUUUUAUACAGAAUACUGACAUUAGCUCUACAACAUAGUUAACUCAUUUUCUUAUGGAUAUUUUAGUAUGCACUGGUGUAGGCUAUGGACAGAAGGUGUACAAGUUUCUGGCAAAUGUCAAGGUUAGCAGCCAUUUUGUUAACUAUUGCUUUGUGAAACAAGUAACAUGAAUGCCAAAAUAUGAUUCAUUGUGAAGCUGUGGAACAAAAAGAGUUAAACUUUGUUGCAUAGCUCUCUUAUUGUGAUCAUGUUACUUAAAGUGGAUUCAGAAUGAGGCUGUGGGAAAGGUCAAGGUCAAGAGUCAUUUUGGUGAAAUGGAACUGUCAGAGCAGCAUCUGUGUCUUACGAUGAUUGAUUGUGAUGAUCUAGACAUAAAGAGUUAAAAUUUCUGUGUUUUAUACAUGCAGCUCUUGUACAGUGAUUCAUGUUGGAUUCAAGAUGAGGCUCUGGAAAAGGUCAAGAAUUACAUUCCUUCAGCUAAGCAGCCAUUUUGUUUUCCUAUGCAAUUACAUAUAUAUUGCUCAUAAAGUGAAACAGCAUUGGUACUAAAAAUAACCCCACAUUUGAACUAGGAAAAAAUCUUAGUUUUAUAUUCCAUUUUCAGCCAGCCUUUUUUCUUUGCUGUUUUAAGAUCAUUGCAGACUUAAAACGAUGAUUUGUUAAGAAGUUUUUUGUCUUUCCAUUUACUUAUGUUGGUGUCAAACGAUACACAAAUACAGAUUAAGCAAUAUUUAUUACUGAAAUGUAAUGGUCAUGGAGCUCUUCAAACAUAAAAAACAGAGACAGUGUUGGAAUAAAAUAAAGGCACCUUAAUAUUUCUAAGUCAAAGAACAUUACAUAUGCAAGACUCAAACGCACAAAUACUGAAAGAAAUUCAAAUGGAAGCAUGGAAAACGUAAGAUAUUAAAGUCUGUUUUUGCAUGCAGUUUAAUACAGAAACAAAAUGUAUUGUCAAACAACAUUACAUGAGUGAAAUGCACACAUAAAUACACUUGUAGAAAUUCAAAAAAGAAACCGAGAAAACAUAAGAUAUUAAAAUCUGUUUUUAUUUGCAGUUUAUUACAGAAACAAGAUUUAUUGUGUAAUCUGGAAAUGACAUGAGUUAAGAUUUCUUCUGUGUGAAGAAGAACAUGAAUAGCUCUGGAUACCCAGUUAUUUUGUUACAAAAUAUCAAAUAAUACUUGAAAUUCUUUCAACAAAUUAAAAUAAAAUUUGCCAGUUUUUUUUUUAUACAUGUAUUUGCAAUUGGUGAGUUUGACGACUGCCAAGGUAAGCCCUGUUACAUCUGUAUCAUACAGUACUCGGGUAUGGACAGUCUAGAAAGACUUGAGUCCGUUCACAGGACUCUAGUACCUGUGCGAUGAAGAGUACUUUUAUUUAAUUAUAUUGUUUUGUAUAAGUAAUUUUGCCAUAUAUAAGCUUGCCACCAGUUACAUUACAAUGCUGAGAUAUGGAGGCAAUACAAAAGUCGAUUGCAUGGAAUGCAAUACAAUGGCAUAUUUUUGCAUCCAUGUUCAGCACUGGAAUUAAGAUGCUUAAUGCUAUUUUACUUUAUUCCUUAGUCUCAUUAUCUUCUAGUGUAAAUGUCGAGUACUCUGGGUCUGGGUCGAAUUUGACCCUCGAGUACUUGAAUCCAAUAUUUUGGACUCGUGGAGGCCCUAAUUGUUACAUAUAUGAGUUGUUUAUAUAUGGUUCCAGGACAGUACGGAUAUAUCAUUAUCUGUAUAUAAUUAUGCAUGUGCAUAUACUUAAUUAAGUAUUAAUUCAAUUGUCUUUCAUUUACUGUUGCAUUUAACAUAGUUCGACAACUAAUAGCCGAUACAUUUUAUGUGCUGGGGUGUCGUUAAACAUUCAUUCAUUUAUUCAUUUAUUCAUUUAGUGGAAUGUGUGUAAGCUUUGAAGAAUUCAAUGCCUCCAUAUCUUGAUGCAUUCACAUUUAUGAUUUAUGUGGCCUUUUAGAAGCAAGAGAAUGUAACUGAUAUGUUUUAAAGUGCCAUGUACAAAAAUGUAUAUAAUAAUUAUGUAGUUCUAUCAAAGACGUGUAUUUUUCCCAUUCAACAUUGUACAGUGUUUAUGGUCAACACUGACUUGUAUGCUCUAAAGAAAUCAAUGUAGCUAUUUAUUUGUUAUAAAAUGAAACAGAAAGGUUUUAGAAUGCUAUAUGUAAGAAAUCAAUGUAGCUAUUUAUAUUUUAUAAAAUGAAACAGAAAGGUUUUAGAAUGCUAUAUGUAAGAAAUCAAUGUAGCUAUUUAUAUUUUAUAAAAUGAAACAGAAAGGUUUUAGAAUGCUAUAUGUAAGAAAUCAAUGUAGCUAUUUAUAUUUUAUAAAAUGAAACAGAAAGGUUUUAGAAUGCUAUAUGUAAGAAAUCAAUGUAGCUAGUUAUUUGUUAUAAAAUGAAAGAGAAAGGUUUUAGAAUGCUAUAUGUAAGAAAUCAAUGUAGCUAGUUAUAUUUUAUAAAAUGAAACAGAAAGGUUUUAGAAUGCUAUAUGUAAGAAAUCAAUGUAGCUAGUUAUUUGUUAUAAAAUGAAAGAGAAAGGUUUUAGAAUGCUAUAUGUAAGAAAUCAAUGUAGCUAGUUAUAUUUUAUAAAAUGAAACAGAAAGGUUUUAGAAUGCUAUAUGUAAGAAAUCAAUGUAGCUAUUUAUAUUUUAUAAAAUGAAACAGAAAGGUUUUAGAAUGCUAUAUGUAAGAAAUCAAUGUAGCUAUUUAUAUUUUAUAAAAUGAAACAGAAAGGUUUUAGAAUGCUAUAUGUAAGAAAUCAAUGUAGCUAGUUAUAUUUUAUAAAAUGAAACAGAAAGGUUUUAGAAUGCUAUAUGUAAGAAAUCAAUGUAGCUAGUUAUAUUUUAUAAAAUGAAACAGAAAGGUUUUAGAAUGCUAUAUGUAAGAAAUCAAUGUAGCUAUUUAUAUUUUAUAAAAUGAAACAGAAAGGUUUUAGAAUGCUAUAUGUAAGAAAUCAAUGUAGCUAUUUAUAUUUUAUAAAAUGAAACAGAAAGGUUUUAGAAUGCUAUAUGUAAGAAAUCAAUGUAGCUAGUUAUAUUUUAUAAAAUGAAACAGAAAGGUUUUAGAAUGCUAUAUGUAAGAAAUCAAUGUAGCUAUUUAUAUUUUAUAAAAUGAAACAGAAAGGUUUUAGAAUGCUAUAUGUAAGAAAUCAAUGUAGCUAUUUAUUUGUUAUAAAAUGAAACAGAAAGGUUUUAGAAUGCUAUAUGUAAGAAAUCAAUGUAGCUAUUUAUAUUUUAUAAAAUGAAACAGAAAGGUUUUAGAAUGCUAUAUGUAAGAAAUCAAUGUAGCUAGUUAUAUUUUAUAAAAUGAAACAGAAAGGUUUUAGAAUGCUAUAUGUAAGAAAUCAAUGUAGCUAGUUAUAUUUUAUAAAAUGAAACAGAAAGGUUUUAGAAUGCUAUAUGUAAGAAAUCAAUGUAGCUAGUUAUUUGUUAUAAAAUGAAAGAGAAAGGUUUUAGAAUGCUAUAUGUAAGAAAUCAAUGUAGCUAGUUAUAUUUUAUAAAAUGAAAGAGAAAGGUUUUAGAAUGCUAUAUGUAAGAAAUCAAUGUAGCUAGUUAUAUUUUAUAAAAUGAAACAGAAAGGUUUUAGAAUGCUAUAUGUAAGAAAUCAAUGUAGCUAUUUAUAUUUUAUAAAAUGAAACAGAAAGGUUUUAGAAUGCUAUAUGUAAGAAAUCAAUGUAGCUAGUUAUAUUUUAUAAAAUGAAACAGAAAGGUUUUAGAAUGCUAUAUGUAAGAAAUAUGCAAUAGGCUCAGUCACUUCAAAGGGACAGACCGUAGUUUUUAAACACUAUGGCAUAUUUUUCACCUAGACUCUAGUUUCAAGCCGUAAAAAUGGACAAUAAGUUUGGUUAAGUUACA